UAACAUAUAACAUUGCACCAAAAUAACAAUUCAUACUUGGAUCCAACAUGUAGUGCAAGAUUGUCAACUUGGUUUAACCCGCUGGUCAGGUCGAGUAAGUGGGUUAAGGGUCAGAGAUCUGAUCAUUUAGCCCGAUUUACCCAAGAUAUAUAAAAAAAAUCAUUAUAUUGUUCGUAUAUUUAUAAAUUAUAUAAAAUUCCAUCCAACAUAUGAGUAAUGGCAUAUAACAAUGCACCAAAAUAAUAAUUCAUACUUGGAUCUAAUAUGUAAUGAAAAUUCAAACACACUCAUACGGCAUCAAUACUCAUACGGCAUCAAUAUUUAAAUGUUCAACUUAGAAAUACAUAAAUAGGGUUAUGAAAAAGAGAAAUUCAGAAAACGAAAUUGGAUAUAUAAAGAAAAAAAUUAUGGAUCUGAUUAAAUUUUUAAUCAGAUACAACAUUUUUCCGUUGAGGAACAAGCCAUAAAUUUCAGGCCCAAUACCAGUAGCACAACUAAUUCAAUAGAUCGUUUCAUUACCGGAAAAACUCCUAAAUAAAGCCCAAUAUAUGAUUACUGGUCCACAGUUUUUUCCUCCAGAACUGACUGGCCAUCAUCCUACCUGGCUGGGCGAACUCUCUCGAAGGCAAAAAAAAAAAAAAAAAAAAAUCCAGCUCAAGCGAAACGCCACGUUCCAAACCUCAAAACGACACCCUCAUCCAUCUGUUGCGCUCCAGUUACCGAUAGAAGGAUCCAGAAAUCCUCUUUCCCUGUAUUUCGUUUCCCCCCCGCGGCAAAAUAUUUUCGAAGAAGAGACUAGAAACUCUCCAGAGCCUUCUCUGCCAUCGUUUAUAUUCCCAAGCAAGCACCUCCGUCGCCCUCAUCAGAAGUCGAAAAAUCGCUCUGCAUUCUCUCUGCACAGCCAAACAAGCUCCAUUCUCAGUUUUCUCUCUGCAGCGUUCAUUAAUCUGAUUCAGUCUGCUUUCUUGUGAAGCAAAGCAGCAAUGGCGGACGUUCAGAUGGCCGAUGCCGAGACCUUUGCCUUCCAGGCCGAGAUCAACCAACUCCUCAGCCUGAUCAUCAACACUUUUUACAGCAACAAGGAGAUUUUCCUCCGCGAGCUCAUCAGCAACUCGUCCGAUGCGUUGGAUAAGAUUCGAUUCGAGAGCUUGACGGACAAGAGCAAGCUUGAUGCCCAGCCGGAGCUGUUCAUCCGGCUCGUCCCUGACAAAGCCAACAAGACUCUCUCCAUCAUCGACAGCGGUGUUGGCAUGACGAAAGCAGAUUUGGUGAACAAUUUGGGAACAAUUGCGAGAUCCGGAACUAAGGAAUUCAUGGAGGCGCUCCAGGCCGGUGCAGACGUGAGCAUGAUUGGUCAAUUUGGUGUGGGGUUCUACUCCGCCUAUCUCGUUGCUGAGAAGGUUGUCGUCACAACCAAGCACAACGAUGAUGAACAGUACGUUUGGGAAUCCCAGGCUGGAGGCUCGUUCACUGUGACGAGGGAUGUUAAUGGGGAACAACUCGGAAGGGGAACGAAAAUUACCCUCUUCCUCAAGGAAGAUCAGAUGGAGUACUUGGAGGAGAGGAGAAUUAAGGACUUGGUGAAGAAGCAUUCGGAGUUCAUCAGCUAUCCAAUCUACCUCUGGACCGAGAAGACAACCGAGAAGGAGAUCAGCGAUGAUGAAGACGACGAACCCAAGAAGGAGAAGGAAGAGGAAGGGGACGUCGAGGAGAUUGAUGAGGAGAAAGAGAGCAGCUCCAAGAAGAAGAAGAAGAUUAAGGAGGUUUCUCACGAGUGGGAACUCAUCAACAAGCAGAAACCCAUCUGGCUGCGUAAGCCAGAAGAGAUCACGAAGGAUGAGUACGCCUCCUUCUACAAGAGCUUGACAAACGACUGGGAGGACCACCUUGCUGUCAAGCACUUCUCUGUUGAGGGACAGCUCGAGUUCAAGGCCAUCUUGUUCGUACCUAAACGUGCUCCUUUCGACCUCUUUGACACCCGGAAGAAGAUGAACAACAUCAAGCUGUAUGUAAGGAGGGUGUUCAUCAUGGACAACUGCGAGGAGCUAAUGCCCGAGUACCUCGGGUUUGUUAAAGGUGUGGUAGAUUCUGAUGAUCUGCCACUCAACAUCUCCCGAGAGAUGCUUCAGCAGAACAAGAUCCUGAAGGUGAUCAGGAAGAACCUGGUGAAGAAAUGCAUCGAGAUGUUCAACGAGAUUGCCGAGAACAAGGAGGACUACACCAAGUUUUACGAGGCCUUCUCGAAGAACCUGAAGCUGGGCAUCCACGAAGACAGCCAGAACAGGACCAAGCUGGCUGAUCUCCUGAGGUACCACUCCACCAAGAGUGGUGAAGAGCUGACGAGCUUGAAGGACUAUGUCACGAGGAUGAAGGAAGGACAGAAGGACAUCUACUACAUCACAGGAGAAAGCAAGAAGGCAGUGGAGAACUCUCCUUUCCUGGAGCGGCUCAAGAAGAAGGGGUACGAGGUUCUCUUCAUGGUGGAUGCCAUCGACGAGUAUGCUGUUGGGCAGUUGAAGGAGUACGAUGGCAAGAAACUCGUCUCUGCCACCAAGGAAGGCUUGAAGCUGGACGACGAGACGGAGGAAGAGAAGAAGGCCAAGGAGGAGAAAAAGAAGUCCUUCGAGAACCUCUGCAAGGUGAUCAAGGACAUCCUGGGAGACAGGGUGGAGAAAGUUGUGGUAUCUGACAGGAUUGUGGACUCUCCAUGCUGCUUGGUGACUGGAGAAUACGGCUGGACUGCCAACAUGGAGAGGAUCAUGAAGGCGCAGGCUCUGAGGGACAGCAGCAUGAGCUCCUACAUGUCGAGCAAGAAGACGAUGGAGAUCAAUCCUGACAAUGGGAUCAUGGAGGAGCUGAGGAAGAGAGCUGAGGCCGACAAGAACGACAAGUCGGUGAAGGAUUUGGUGCUGCUGCUGUUCGAGACCGCGCUGCUGACUUCUGGGUUCAGUCUCGACGAUCCCAACACUUUUGCAGCGAGGAUUCACAGGAUGCUGAAGCUUGGGCUGAGCAUUGAGGAUGACGAUGCGGCGGGUGGUGAUGAUUCUGAGAUGCCGGCCCUGGAGGAGGAAGGUGCUGAGGAGAGCAAGAUGGAGGAAGUCGACUGAAGUCUGUCAAGUGGCCUUCGAGUUGUGGAAGAGAGAAAUGGUGGGAUGGGUUGACAAAUUUUACAGAGAAGUAUGUGAAGUUUCAUGUCUUUUUGUGUGUGCUAGUGUUAUCUUUCUUUCUGGUUUUCGUGCUUUCUUCUGUUCUAUCUGUUCGUCAUGUAUUUUGGGGACAUGUCAUCGUUUGUGGUGUAGAGAAAGGUUUUAAUAGUUCCCUGGAAAUGCUUGCACGAUUCUCUACAAUGAGACAACCAAUACUGAAAUAGAGAGUGGUUGAAAUUUGUUAAAACUCAUCUCAAAUCCACACUUGACUUCAAGAACAAUAAGCUUCAAUUGUAAAA